CAGCAGCAGCAGCAUCAGUGAUGGCGACAGUGGUCCAACCGCUCACUCUGGAUCGAGAUGUGGCCAGGGCGAUCGAGCUGCUGGAGAAGCUGCUGGAGUCAGGGGACGUCCCCGGCCACAAGCUGCUGUCCCUGAAGAAGGUCCUGCAGAGCGAAUUCUGCACAGCCAUCCGAGAGGUGUAUCAGUACAUGCAUGAAACCAUUACAGUGAAUGGCUGUGCGGAAUACCAGGCUCGGGCCACAGCUAAGGCCACAGUAGCAGCGUUCGCAGCCAGCGAAGGUCACUCCCACCCACGGGUGGUGGAGCUGCCAAAGACAGAGGAGGGGCUGGGCUUCAAUGUGAUGGGCGGCAAGGAACAGAACUCUCCUAUCUACAUCUCGCGCAUCAUUCCUGGGGGCGUGGCUGAGAGGCACGGUGGCCUGAAGAGGGGGGACCAGCUCCUGUCUGUCAACGGGGUGAGCGUGGAAGGGGAGCACCACGAGAAGGCGGUGGAGCUGCUGAAGGCGGCCAAGGACAGCGUGAAGCUGGUGGUGCGCUACACGCCCAAGGUGCUGGAGGAGAUGGAGGCGCGCUUCGAGAAGCUCCGCACGGCCCGGCGCCGGCAGCAGCAGCAGCUCCUCAUGCAGCAGCAGCAGCAGCAGAACCUGUCGGCCCAGCAGAACCACAUGUCGUAG